AUGUCCAGAAGACAAUUUCUACGGGAUAUGCGGACGCGGAGUACUGAGUUCUACCGAAGUGACAGCAGCACUGCAUCCACUCAAAACAUAUCCUUUGCCUCUCAGGAUCCAGACCACAUCUUGGAGAAGCCCUACCAGACAUGUGAAGAAUUUAUGGAUCCCACGGAUACAUGUAGUGCCUUGUGCAACUCUGAUAGAAUCAUAGAGCACAAUUCUAAAGGUACGUCAACAGAUUUUCAAUGCGUAUUAACAGUUCCCAGAUCUGAUAAUAUUCCAUUCAGGCUACCUACUAGUGACACGACCGAUACUCAUGAAACUAUACAAAGUGCUCACCCAAAAGAAGUGGAUUUGACCGGUGAUUGCCUUGCUCGAAACUUUUGCUCUCAUAACUUAAACCCGUUCAAAGAGUUUUUGGGUUCCGCUCUUGCAUCACACUCUGGGGAAGGUCUGCAUCAAGGUGAAUCUUCUUUGAAUUCCUCCCUCUUCUGUGCUGAGAUGGGCCCCAGUCCUGUUGCCACCAGGGGACUACAGGAGCGACUUACUGGCUCAGGGCUUGUGCCGAACAUUGCAGACGUAGAACCACGUGAUGAUAUAGGUCUAAAGGUUAUUACUAAAAAGAGUGUAGUGUCAUUUAACACGGACCUUUCAGCCGUUACUGGACCAGUACUCGACGUAGCUUCUGGCAUUGCUUCCCUACCGACCAAAUCCCUUACAACCUUGGGGGAGUUUACUCCAAACCCUUUCCAUGGCCCAAACUUAUCAUCUUUAAUACAAGAAAAUCAUAAAUCUACUUGUAAUGAUGAUAACAAAAAAAGUGGCUUUCUCAUCGAUUCUAAUGGUAGUCCUUUGAAUUCAUUCGCGUCAGGAAGUCACCUUAUGGGGCCAUCUCAAAGUACAUUGAUGAAUACGUUGGGGACUAACGCUGACAUCAAGGAUCAGUAUAGCAACGCAAGAGACGUUGAUGCUUUACUUCUUUCAAUACAGGUAGAGUUAGCGAAUGAAAAGAAGCGUAACAUUGAAGCUGAACGAUUGAUCUCCAGCUUAAAUCAUGAAAUAGAAUAUCUACGAGCUGAAAAUUUGUCGUUAUCAGCUGCCAUGCCCUUUUCAACUAGUGCCGGUGGUAAACUUAUGCAAGAUACAGUCACAGACACUGCGGUAAGGGGCACGACUCCAACAACCUAUAUCAUGGAGCUUGAGCAACGUAUUUCAAAGAUCACAGCAACUCUCGAGACCAAGCGGAGCGAAUUAGAAGCCAAAGACGAGAGGAUUCGUUUACUGGAACAUACCCUGGCUAACCGUUUUCUUUCGACCGUAGUGACGCCGGCUGCGGCAUCUACAAGUGUGACACUUCCCCCGCAAAGUAUUGCACACACGGCUACUCGUGUUGAAGUGCGUACUGCAAACAUUCCGGAUAUCCUUAGCCGUACACAGACACCUGGAUCUACCGCAGUCAUUAUAAACUCGAAGUCAUCAUCUCUUUAUGAUCGCAAUUCUUUCACUGAGGAGUCCAAACAUUUAAAUAACCCGUGCAAAACUGUGGUAUUAAACCGUUCUGGGAUUGAGCAACCAGACGAUACACCUCAACUUCCUGCGCCAACUCUGAAUCUAGCGGGUAAGUCUUCCGAAAAAAUAUUACAUCAUACCAUUGAUGCCAUGCGCCAUACUUCAAAAACGACGCUUCAUUCCCUGGAGUGUGCUGAGCUUUCUAGUUCAAGAAGCAAAGUAAUUGAUGGAGGGCAUAUCGAUUUUAAUAAAAGUAAAAGUGACGAAACUAUUACCAAUCACCAAUCGGCAUCGCCACCACCACCACACUUCAGCGUGCGUUCUAAACGGCGUGAAGGUAUACGUAAAGCCGAAGCUUCAUCUAUGCGGGGCCAGGAGGAUGCCCAACUGCGUAUUUUUCCGAAGCAAGUGCGGCACCCUUCUGUCGAUCUGAGCAACUGGCGCCACGGCAAUUCCGACCGUGAUUCCGCCUGUGCUUCACCGCGCAAGCCAUCGGUUCGGAGGACUCCCCGGGGGGUCUCCACGACCGGCAUCCAUCCCAACCAACCCUCGGGCACGGCGGCAGACUCAGCACGUCGGUCCUCCGUUCCCGGACCCCGCGCCUCCACGGCAACCCGCACCUCUUUUUCCCACCCGUACCGAACAGGCCCCCCCGCCGCGCCCUCUGUAACCGCGUCGACCGCAAAGGAGACGGCGCACCCCCCCGCCGCGGGCCCCCGUCCGUCCUCCAAGCCGCUGUGCACCAUGAUGCGGGCCUGGGGUCACCGUGGUGGGCGGUCCCUCUCCCCCCACGGCUCGCCAAGCCUGCGAUCGGCCACCUCGGUCAACUCGCGUCCGCGGAUUCUAUUCAACGAGAAGGACGAGACAACGGUGAUGCACGGGAAGACGACAACGGCGGUCUUCCGCAACAGCGCCACCCGACAUCCCACCCCGCUUGCCAGUGGCGUAGAUAAGCUGCGAGAGCCCAUCGUCAGGGUUACAAAUGCGGCGUCGUUGAUUCCAUCAGUCGAACCAGAGGAAGCUGAAACAGGGGGCUUCAUGAAGAAGUAA